AUGGAUUCGCCUCAGAUGUACGAUAAUCAACAGCACAGCCAAAAUAAUAAUUUGAUUAAUACCGAAGCAAAAAAAUCCGUUAUUAUGAACAAUAAUAAUAAUAACAAUAAUCUUACAACCCUUAAUAAUAAUACAGGAAAUUCGAAGCAAACGGCAGCUUUACUUAAACAACACCAGUUGGCGCAAACGUACCAACAACACCCUAACGAAAUGAACGAUCUUAACACCCCUGAAAUUUCAUUGGACUUACAAAACUUAAUUGACGAUUCGCAGUUUAGUGAAGGUUUAUUUACGGACAUUUUGCAAAGCCAACAGGGCAAACACAUACAAAAUUUACAUUCAAGACAAGUGAUGGGGGUGCAAAACAACAAUUAUCCCCGAACUACCCUUGCGUAUAUGCCCCAGCCUGUACACAGUGGAGCAACUUACUCCGUUAAUCCAAAUUCGAGUAGUGACUCCAAUAGUUCAGCUGGUAGCGACGUUCCUAGCAUCAAAGAAGAACCUUUAGAGCACCAAGAAGAGUAUCGCAGACAAACUUCAUGCGGUUUGCUACCGAACAACUAUAUGCCUGGAACCUAUCCUCAGAAUCCUGGCUCAACUUUCACCACCUUAACUCCAAGUCCAGUAAUGCAUCACCAAAUCAACAUGAACGCCAUGAAAAAUAAGGCUUCACUGUUGAACCAGCACGUUUCAAGAAAAAAUAACAAACCCUGUGAUAAAAACAGUGAUGAAUAUCGAAGACGACGCGAAAGGAAUAACAUUGCUGUGCGAAAGAGUCGCGAAAAGGCGAAAGUAAGGACCCGAGAAACUGAGGAAAAAGUGAAAAUUUUAAUCAAAGAGAACGAAAGACUUCAGAAGCGGAUAGAAUUGCUAAGUGAAGAACUAAAUGUGUUGAGGAGUUUAUUUUCGAAUGUGGGAGUACUUCCUGAACACGUCCAUCGGGAAAUCAACAAGCACUUAGAUACGUUCCAGCUUCAACAACAGCAGCAACAAAUAUCACCAGAAAGCAAAAAAAGGAAAAUAGCAAAUAAUGAGACUGAGCAGGAAGAAGAAAUAGAUGAAAAUAGGGAUGAAAAUGGCACAGAAAGUACGGAUAGAUCGAGUGAACAUAUCAAUGAACCGUCGACGUCAAGUUGUAAUGUGGAGCAAGCACAAAAUAACUGGAGCCAGUUUCCUACCGCCUUAGAUUUAUCAAAAACUCCUCAUGAUCCGCCCUCACAACCGAUUUUAAGGGAAUAUCCAGUAACAAAAAUAGGUGAUCGUUUAAGAGCGUUUAACAAAAACUGGUAUAAAACAUUUCCUUGGUUGGAAUAUUCAGCAAUAGAAAACAAAGCGUUUUGUUUCUAUUGUAGAUUCUUCCACAAAGCAGAUGUGAAGGAAAAAUCAUUUAUCAUUGGUUAUAAUAAGUGGAAAAAAGCUAUUGAAUCUAAUUCGGGAUUUACUGCACAUAGCAGCUCAAUAGCUCACAAAGAAUGUUUGGUAAGAUUUAGGGAGUUCCAAAGAUCCAGUUCUGUUGGUGGAGUAGAAAGUUUAAUUAAAAAUAAAAACAAUGAACUCAUUGAAGAAAAUCGGUAUAACAUCAAAACACUGGCUGAAAUUCUUCUAUUAACUUGUAAAUUAGAAAUUGCGCAAAGGGGACACGAUGAAUCCAGUGGAAGAGGAAACUUUCUAGAACUAACGGAGUUCGUUGCAAAUCACGACCCUGUAUUAAAAAAAAAUCUCAAGUGCUGCGGAUGCGCAGUCGCUAUUCACCACAAUAAGGGAAACGCUAUUGAAAACGGUGUUUUGAUGGAAAACUGCGUAGGCCAAGCAUAUGAUGGCGCAAGUGUUAUGAGUGGUCAUCUGAAAGGUGUUCAAACAUUGUUCAAAAAAGAAGUACCCAGUGCAGUUUACGUUCAUUGCUACAAUCAUGUCCUAAACUUGGCCAUCGUAGACUGCUGUAAAGGUAUUCCAGAGUUCUCACAGUUUUUUAACAUGGCGGAGCAGUUGUGUUCUUAUAAGUCAUUCAUCUAUACAUACGGAAUUUAUAAAUGUACAAAAAAGACUUUAUCCUGCAUAAUAUCUUCUUUAUCUGACUAUUUGCAAUCAAAUGAAAUGGACUAUGCUCGUGCAAAUAUUUUGGUAGAAGAGGUUGUUCAGCAACUACAAUUAAUGAGAGAUCAAAGCUCAUAUUGGGAUGCCAUCUGGGAAAGGGUGGACAAAUUAUGGACGGUAACUGGCGACAGUUCAGAAGUAGUUCCCAAACGUAAAAAGCAGCUACCCGCCCGUUUCAAUAUGUUUUUUACAGAAAUUGCAGUCGAAAAUGAAUUGGAUACGUCAAAACAAGGUCUAAAAAUUGGCGUUUUUCUUCCAAUUUUGGAUAAAAUAAUAACUGAGCUUCAGUCCCGUUUCUCGAAUAAUAAGAAGUUAUUUAAUGGAUUAAGUUCAUUGCAGCCAGGACACAAGAACUUUUUAAAUUUAUCAGACCUUUUAUCCAUUGCUGGUUCCUAUAAUAAUAUUUGCACAGAUUGGGAAGAAGAAACAUUAAAAGCUGAAUGUAUUCUUUUAAAAAGAUUACUUUAA